UGUCGAGAGAGAUUAUCGACAUACCAAGGGAAGAUACACGUGAAUUUACACUGGCGGGUGAAUAAUGGCCCGAUAAAUGUAGAGCGAAAGGAAAUGGGCUAUUUACCAAUAAUGGUCAAGUCAAACAGAUGCAAUAUCCGUCAUAUGUAUCCAAAAGAGUUGAUUCGUCAUCACGAAGAAUCGGAUGAAAUGGGUGGCUAUUUUAUAAUAAAUGGCAUAGAAAAGAUCAUUCGUUUGCUUCUAGUCCAAAGAAGAAACUAUCCCAUGGCACUUACAAGAAAUUCUUAUCUGAAGCGAGGACCUAUGUUUACACCAUAUGGAGUUGCUAUUAGAUGCGCACGCGAAGAUGAGACGACGCAGUCUAUCGGUAUUAAUUAUUUAAAAGAUGGUGAUUGCGUAUUCCGUUUUACGUGGAGGAAACAGGAAUUCACGAUACCUCUGGUAUUGGUGCUAAAGUCAUUAUUGGACACAAAUGAUAAGGAAAUUUUUGAUGCUGUGGUUCAAGGGGAUUUUACAAAUACUUUUAUGACAGAUAGGAUAGAACUUAUGUUGAGAAGUUUUAGCGUUCAUGGUAUCUAUACCAAGUACGAAUGUACUAGUUUUCUGGGAGAACGGUUUCGCGUCAUUAUGCGAUUGCCACCGUUUUUUACGGAUGAAGAUGUCGGGAAUUAUCUCAUCAACAAAGUCGUGCUCGUGCAUCUCAAAGAUCGGCGCGAUAAAUUUAAUAUGUUAAUUUUCAUGGUCAGGAAAUUGUAUGCGCUGGUGGCUGGGGAAUGCCAAGUGGAUGAUCCCGAUUCACCGCAAAACCAGGAGGUUCUACUUGGUGGCCAUUUGUAUGGGAUGAUUAUUAAAGAGAAGCUAAAUGAUUUUAUGAGCCUAAUUGUUAGUUUGAUUAAUCAACACGUGUCGCGAAAGAAGUCUGCAGAUUUCUUUGACGCAAAGUUUGUUCCGCAAAUAAUUAAUUUGGCAGGGUUUGACCUCGGUCAAAAAUUGAAUUAUUUCUUGGCUACAGGAAAUUUGUCAGCAAACAGCAUGUUGGAUUUAUCUCAGUCUGCAGGUUAUACAGUAGUCGCGGAACGAUUAAAUUUUUAUCGAUAUAUUUCCCAUUUCCAAUCAAUUCAUCGUGGUUCGUUUUUUGCCGAAUUGAAGACUACGACUGUACGAAAAUUACGACCGGAAGCUUGGGGCUUUAUCUGCCCGGUUCACACUCCUGAUGGUGCGCCUUGCGGUCUGCUCAAUCACUUUACAUCAAGUUGCAAAAUAAUUACUGCCAAACAGCCGACAGACAAUCUCAUACAAAAGUUAAAUUUAUUGGGAAUAACCAAGAAAGCUACUGAUGCUGGUCGAGCAAAAGCAAGAGGACCAGUCCUUUCAGUGCAACUUGACGGCAGAGUG